UCGCUGAAAUCCUAUUUUCAGUUUAUGAUAGUUCCAAUUUAUCCAAACAGAAAUAUAGAACUAUGGCAUCUUGUAAACUCUGUGGGGUUGAGAAACUUUCCAAUGAAUUUCCUCCUACCACUGCCUCAGAAGAAUGUGAUCAUCCUCCUCUUACAUGUCUGAGGUGUGUGGUAGAUUUUUGCAAGAAGAAGCACCGAUGCCCUCACCCGGGAUGUUCCAUUUCUGUUUCUCCUAACAGUCCUACAAUUCAGUGGUUCAUUGCUAUUCUUGAGGAAAUGUUUAGAGAAUAUGAAGCAACUUACACUCCACCAGCUCCUAAAACUUCUGGAAAAGAAAUAUUGAAUGUCACGGUUCUAAAUGGAGAUGCUGCACAAAUACCUUACUUACCUUUUAUGACAUUAUCAGAUGUCCAGAUGCAUAUCAGUAUCAAGCUGAAGAUUCCUGCUAAUAAGCAGAAGCUGUUAUAUGAAGAUAAGGAAGUUCAG